GCGGUUUAGAUUCUAGCCUUUGAGGCAGCAGUACCGCAGCCUAAAUGCCGUCACGGCAUUGUUAAUGCCAGACUGCACGUAAUCAGGCCUUGUAAUAUCCACUCCUUUAAUUUUUUUUUUCAUUUUUUUCUGGUGCGUGAAGCAUGUUGAAUCGAGGUGAGGUUUCGUUCGGUUGUAUAUAGAUAGAACGAAGGGAAUUGAGGCUUAAAUCUUUUUCUGUUUAUUUUUGAAUUUAAUCUCAUCCGAUCCUUUUUCAAUUCACUUCUUCUAACCGAAGAAGCAUGAGGUGGAUUCGUGAUUAUUGUUGUAUGUAUAUCUCCUGUACAAUUUGACCUGCUGGCUGUGUAGUGUGUACACAGGAACCUCGCAAGUCGCAUUCGCAGCUGAAGGAGAAAGAGGCACCACGCCAAAACCACCACAGCAAGCGGAUAAAUAUCCAAUGUCAAAAGGGUUCCUUUUGAACAAGCAACCGAAAAGAUUUUUCUUCGUCGCUCGCUCACCACCCAUCCCACCCCCACAGGCCACAGGCCACAGGCCACAGACGAGACGAUCCCCGGUCAUCGCCUACCUCCCUGUCCUCUGCCGUCCUUCCCUUCGCCACGUCUCCAAGUAUAUAGGAGGAGGCUCUCCGGCAAUGCCCGCUCCCCCAUCAUCCUACCAAUCACGGCAGCCACUCCCCGUCGUCGACCAAAAGCACUCCGGUGAGCUAGAACCGGCAGAAGAAUAGCCAGCCUGCCGGCGAUCCGCGCAGACCACGCCAGCCGCCCCACAAGUCCCAGACGGCAGGGAUUCCUAAACAUAACGCGCUAUUCCUAUUAUUAGCCAGCCGCCUCUCGAUUCGCGCGGCUUAACCGCCCUCGUGCGCGUGCGCGCGCGCGCGCGGUAGGAGGCCACACGUUCCGGAGGCGCGCGCCCAGACCAGGGCCGCCCCCGCGCCAUGGACGUGCUGCGGUUCGUGCGCGCCGCCGCGGCGCCGCAGCCUGCGGUGGCGCCGCCGGCGUCGGCUGCGACGGUGCCGGCGCAGCGCCAGCGGCUGCGCAUGUGGCCGCGUGGCGGGGGAGACCAGCCGCCCCCGGUCGGCGCCGCCUCCACGCGCGGCGCGGAGCCGAGGAGCCCGCCCGACGAGGAGCGGAAGGCGGAGGGGGCCCAGCGGGGGCAGGGCAACUGGGUGCUGCAGAUGCUGCGGGUGCAGCCGCGGUGGGUGGAUGCGGCGGACGCGGAGGCCACCGGCGGCGGCCAGGAACCGGACGAGGAGACGGCGGCUGCGGCUGCGGCUGGCGCUGGUGGCGUCGAGGAGUGCGCUUCCUGCGGCUGCGGGGAAGACGACGAAGGCUGCGCCGUGGGGUACGGCGACGGCGACGGCGAGGUGUUCGACCGCGCGUCGUUCUCGCGGCUCCUGCGGAAGGCGUCGCUCGGGGAGGCUAAAGAGUAUUCCAUGAUGUCCUACCUCUGCAACAUCGCCUACAUGAUCCCCAGAAUUCAGCCAAAAUGUCUUCGGCGAUACAAUCUGCGGUUCGUGACGUCGUCAGUGCAAGACAAGGCCGGAGUUAGCAACCCUGACCAGAAGCAGGAGCGUAGCACCAAGAAAGACGAAUCUGGCGAUCAAGCAUCCGAAGCUGUCGACGACGCGGUGCCACGACGUGGGCUAGGGACGAUAAAACCGUUUGGUGCGUACCAUGUAGUGUCUUCUGCUGCCUCUUACCUGCACUCCCGGGCCAUGGGCGUUAUGCCAUUUGGUCCCGGGAAUGGCGUCAAGGACGAUCAUCCAGCAGCCGUCACGUCGCUCGUGAGCGGCGCGAGCGGUGACGGAUUGAGCGUGGACGAGGCUUCGUUCGUGGCCACGACGAGUUCGGUGACCUCCAUGGUCGCGGCGAAGGAGGAGACGCGGCAAGCCGUUGCGGAUGAUCUCAACUCUUCGAGAUCUUGCCCUUGCGAGUGGUUCGUCUGUGAGGAUGAUCAGAACAGCACGAUAUACUUCGUGGUUCAGGGCUCAGAAUCAAUUGCUUCUUGGCAGGCCAACCUUUUGUUCGAACCUGUCAAAUUUGAGGAGGUGGACGUGCUGGUUCACAGGGGCAUAUACGAAGCCGCCAAGGGGAUGUAUCACCAGAUGCUACCCUACGUGAAGGCGCACCUGAAGAGCUGGGGCAAAUCCGCGCGGCUGCGGUUCACGGGGCACUCCCUCGGCGGGAGCCUGGCGCUGCUCGUGAACCUGAUGCUGCUGGUGCGAGGGGAGGCGCCCGCGUCGUCGCUGCUGCCCGUGAUAACGUUCGGCGCGCCGUGCAUCAUGUGCGGCGGCGACCACCUGCUCCGCCGCCUCGGGCUGCCGCGGAGCCACGUGCAGUCCGUCACGAUGCACCGGGACAUAGUGCCCCGGGUGUUCUCCUGCCACUACCCCGACCAUGUCGCCAACAUCCUGAAGCUCGCCAACGGGAAUUUCCGCAGCCACCCGUGCCUCGCGAACCAGAAACUCCUGUACGCGCCGAUGGGGGAGGUGCUGAUCCUGCAGCCGGACGAGCGGCUGUCCCCGCACCACCACCUGCUCCCACCGGACAGCGGCAUCUACCACCUGGGCGGCGGUGGCGGUGGCGGUGGGGCGGGAACGGCGGCGAAUGCGGGCGAAGGCUCCCUGCCGCAGCUCCGGUCCGCGCUGUCGGCCUUCUUCAACUCGCCGCACCCGCUCGAGAUCCUCAAGGACGGCGCCGCGUACGGGCCCCGGGGCUCCGUGUACCGGGACCACGACGUGAACUCGUACCUCCGGUCCGUGCGCGCCGUGGUCCGCAAGGAGGCCAGGCGCGCGCGGGAGGCCGAGCGGGAGCGCUGGCGCCUGCUCCUCUGGUGGCCGUUCGGCGUGCACGGCGUGUCGUCGGCGUCGGCGGGGCGGCGCGGGGGCCUCGUGGACGCCGUCAGCGAGGCUGCCAGGCGCGCGCAUCUCUUGCUGGUGGUGCUGCUGCCCGCGGAGCUGCUCGCUCUCGGCGCGCUCCUGGCCGUCAUUAGAUUCAGGUGAUUAGAUAGGCUCUCACGCGGGUUCAUCAAUCCGUUCGUUCGUUCGUACGCCGUCGACACACACGAUUCUUUUGUACCAAACACACACACACACAUACACGUCUGCAAAGCAAAUGCGACAUUGCAGCUGCGUCGCAUGUAUGUAAAAUGAAUGAAAUGAAAAAAAAAACACAAACUCGAAUUCUUUGGUUC